AUGAUCUUCCUGAUGCUCGUAGCCUGCGGCUCCCUGGCCCGUCGCCUCCUUCCGCUAGCCAUCCUGCUUGAUGGACCAGCCCUUCAGUUAAUCAGAUCCUGUGCUCAAGCUAUCCUUUACGUUACAGAUAUUGCACUAUGUGCCAUGGUUAUGACCAACCGCAAUCCCCACCUAAUGGUUCCAGAAAAGUUUCGUCUCGUAUACCUUGCCGUCAUUUUCUUCGUCGCCUACGUCCAUGAUAUUGGGACUAUUGGAAGUCUGGACUGGUUGAAGUUUCCUACCGCGACUGCGGCUACGACUGCUACUGCGGUUGAGACUGUAAAUGCGACUGCGACUUGUGUUAGCGCGUAUACCGUUACCGAAAUGACCAUCGUUAUCGCAACUACGCCUGGUGCGGCACCUAUCGAUUCCAUGACUGAACACUUGACUCGCUUGGCAAUUGUUUUCGGUACUCAAACUUUUAGUUAUACCCUCGGUACCGUACCAACCUCCUUCAUCGGCGCUAUUUAG